AUGGGCGAAAAGAUCACCGAAGAGCAAGUUGAAAAUCUGCUAGCGAUACUAGGAACCGAUGCCUCCAACGAUGCCAAAGUUCAUCAAAUCAACAAUGUCAAGUCCGGCAUCAAACAGAACAAUGUGCCGGAAGCCUGCGUAUUACCCCUCUUUGAAGCCACGCGCUCCUCGAUGACCUCCCAACAUGCCGCUAUUGUCAAUGCCGGCUUUUCUACCUUAAAUCACCUCUUAACAAGAUUGUCACGUCAAGAACCAAAAUAUAUCAGUAGGGAGGCGGGGAGGACCCUUCCCCUGGUCAUUGAAAAGAUGGGCGACCAGAAGGAGAAAUAUAGACAACUUGCGGCGCAGUGUCUAACGACAUUUUGGAAAGCCGUUCCUAUGGACGUAGAGAGAAUUGUUAAGAGUGCUGGCUUGGUAGGAAAGAAUGCAAGGAUGAAGGAAACCUCGAUGAGUUGGAUCGUACAGGUGAAGAUAGCCGUCAUCGGAUUCGCCAUGCACCAAGACCACGGAAUGCCUUUCAAGAGUUUCGUUUCAACAUUAAUGGAUCUGCUCGAGGACGCCGAUGUACGUUCAACGUUAGCGAUUUCCCUCGUCUCUGCUGACUAUUGCGAUAGAGAUGCCCCAAAUGCUGCCAAAUCCGAUUUGAAGAAGCAAUUGAAGAACUUCAAUGUUCGGCCGACAAUAGUUGCCGCGAUCACCUCCCAUCUGGCCCCAGGAGGCCCUCCCGAGCAAGUAGAACCAGAGAUAGAAGCUCCUCCUGCCAGACCGCAGUUUGCAAAUAGUGUCUCUUCCAUGGCGUCCAGCCUUAGACCGGCAACCCCCGUGAUAGAGGUGAAGGUUGAGAAAGUGGAUCCAGCAUAUGUCAAUACCUUAAGAGAAUUGGAAGAUAACUUCAGAGAUAUGUAUCCAUUCUUUGAAGGUAAAGAAUCCGAGGCCAACUGGUUGAAGCGAGAACAGUUUUGCACGAAACUUCGCAGGCUGAACGCUGGAAACGCCCCUAGCGAUUUCCAUGAGGCCUUUAUCGCCGGUAUCAAGGGCCUUUUGGAUGGUAUUCUGAAGGCCGUAAACUCACUACGAACUAGUCUUUCGAAAGAAGGUUGUAGCUUGGUUCAGGAGCUUGCGAGGACCGCUGGCCCAGGACUUGAUCCGAUGGUCGAACUUCUUCUCCAAAACCUCGUCAAGUUAUGUGGUGGGACAAAGAAGAUCAGUUCUCAAAACGGGAAUGUGACCGUUGAUAUCAUAAUUAGCAAGGUCUCGUACAAUCUCCGGAUCCUGCAACACAUUUACUUGGCAUGCCAAGAUAAGAACGUUCAACCAAGGACAUACGCAAGUGCAUGGCUGAAGACUCUAUUGAAGAAGGAGUCGCAUCACAAGAAUCACAUUGAACAUACAGGAGGUCUGGACCUAAUCGAAAAGUGCAUCAAGAAAGGCCUUGCAGACGCGAAUCCUGGUGUCAGGGAGCACAUGCGAUCAACAUACUGGGCAUUUGCUCAAAUUUGGCCUGCAAAGGCAGAAGCUGUGGCAAACCCUGACAGGAUCUCUAGUAUCAUGGACACUCUUGACGCAACCCAGCAAAAGCUUUUGCGAAAUGCGCCGGAUAAUCCCCAUUCUCCCCCCAAGAAGGCUGAGCCAGUGGUUGCUCGACCAGGUAUGGGCUUCUCGAAGAGCACGACUGGACCACCAAAACCUUCUUUGAAGGAGACUAUAAUGCUAGCCCAAAAAACGAAGGCCGCAAUGACCAACAAGAACCUACAAGCUAGACCUGGAUCCGCGAUGUCAAGUUUCUCCCCAAUGCGGACAGUUUCGUCUUCUUCCAACGCUUCCACUUCUUCGGAUGCACCAGUCAGAGGACCGCGGCCAGAACCAACAACCACAGUCUCUCACGGCGGCCUCUCUGUGGCGCCGAUGCGGAGAGCCAAAAUCCGACCUACUCCAAAGCCUGAACUUAUUGCUAGACCCGCUACAGCAGGCCCGUAUUCAGUUCGACGUCCAGCCCAUGCACCAACCAACAGUGAUACUGGCACCAGCCCCACGACCACCAGGAAAGCAAUAGCGCCAAGUGCCAGUAACCCUAGUCCGCAGAGGAGGCCAACAAGACCCAACACAAGUCAUUCCACCCAUUCCACCCUCUCAGGUCAUGCACCUCAAACCAGCCAUGCAAGUCCAGCCAAAACCACGGUCAGCAAAGUAGCUGCAUCGCCUCGACCAAGCCCGCCUAAGCCGAGACUGGCUACCAGCAAAACAAUGGGAUCAAGCCCCUCAAGAGAUGAGGACUUUACUAUGGUGGUACCCACUCUGACAGGUCUGGCGGAGUCUCAAGCAUCCAAACCUCCUAAGAUAGAUUCGUCGGACGAUGAAGAUUUAGUUACCCCACCGAAGCCUUUGCACGUGUAUGAAGACCCUUUCUCCAGUACAGAUGACCAAACAACUCCACGGCCGACUAUUACUGCACCAGUGUUGGAAGAGGUGGCCGUCAAUGAAGAUGCCAUGAAUCUAGUCAGGACUGAAAUAAAUGGUGUGGAGUCAAUAAAAGCUCCACCGAUGUCGCCAGAACGAUUCAAGCAGAGCUCCCGGCUACUCGAUAGCGGCAUUGCUAAGAUUAAGGCGAAAUCGUUAGAUGUACAUGGUUUCCGAAAGCUGCAAGGCAUGAUCAGAGAUAACAAGGCUGCUUGGUCAGAAGAUAAAUUCGACGUCUUACUUUUCGGUCUUUUCGAGUAUUUAGAAGCACCCUUAGCCUCUCUCUCGCCAGAGAAGGUCCAAGAUGUCAAGGCUCAGAUCCUAGCUACGAUCAAGCUAAUGUACAAGAAGGAACGUGAUGGUUUUCGUCCUCAUGUGGUGAAGGGCCUUGAAUCUAUUCUCGUCACACGCAGCUGCUACGACUCCCGCGCUCACAUCGUCAGCGGUCUUGAGCUCCUCGCCGACGAGCUUGUCACUCUCUCUGAGCCCAAGCAGACAACCGCAAUCAUCACUACGACACUCCAGAACGAGCAGAUGACACUAGAAGGUUGCCGAACAUUGAGCAUGGGCCUACACGUCCUGAAAGAGAUUAUUGAGGCGAAGAAAGACUUUGCGCCAACUGACGGAGAGGUCAACGAGAUGUGCAAGCUCGCCAUCAGAUGCUUAGAAAGCUCAGAGAGUGGCGUCCGUCUGGAUGCCGUACAAUUAUGUGUCAGUGUGAACGCUCGCAUUGGCGAGAAUAGAUUCUGGGCUGCGCUGGGAGGCAUUAAGGAUGACCCGAAGAGCCUGAUUACUUAUUACAUCGUAAAGAGGCAACGCGAGGUUGCAGCGAGUAGUUGA